UACCAAUUAGCCCCUUAUAAUGGUAUCAUGGUUGUGGUACAACUGGUAAACAAUAAUGAAAACCAGGUAACAAUAAACAUAAACGGCUGUUGUGCUCACUAUUGUUGUUCUCGUAGUUGUUACUGAUAAACCCGGAAUUGCGUGUUUUCGGUUACGAGUAGUGUGCAAUUGCAGCUGUUGUUUUGUUUUCGAAGAUUUCUGCCGACACGGUUUUUAACUUAGCUACGUAGCUCCGUAUUUUAGAUUGAUUAGAAGUGCACGUGAAAGGCGAGGUCCAUCAGAUUGUUCAGCGUUUCCGAGUCUACGGGAAAUACGUCAAACCGCUUGUACAAGUAAUCACAGGUAGGUAGAUACCUAAAAUCCUCGCGGUUUAUGCAAUUUUUAUUAAUACUUAUGGGAUACGGUCGAACUUGAAGUAGCAGUAAAACAUGAACGAUAAAAAUUGACCAAUGCUUCCGUUCGUCCGUUUUUGUUUUUCGCCCCCUUUCGCUUUUUCAUUCUCGCGCAUGCACACAGUUCCGAGGUCAAGUACGCGCGCGAACAACACGCAAAGCUGUGUGGCCAACUCGUUUAAUACCUUUUCGGAAUACAUUUUGAUUGUUCAAUGCCGUCCACGGUCUUGUUCAAUAUCGUUAUUCAAGCGAAUGCUCAUUACUUCUUUGCUGUUCAUGAUACGUAAAUAGAUUAGUAUAAUACUGCUAUAAGGUACUAGAUAACAUUUAAUCCGUUCAUUUUUUUUUUUUCAUUGUUGACUUUAGUUUUAACUUAUUGGAUCUUUCAAUACGACAAUAAAUAUUUACUGUCAUUUAUUUUUUUUUCAUCUAAUCUAUACUUAAUUUUUACUGAAUUGUUGGUUUUGUACAGUUCCUGCUAAUCAACGACCGUCAUUAUCGACUAUUUAAAAAAUGGCUGAUCAAAAACCAACAGAAAAUCAAAAUCCUGAAUUCUGUAAACCCAAGGUAUAUAAUACAUUAUUAAUCAACAUUAUUAUUUAGGCAUUCGCCUAAAGUUUAUUCAUUGUGAAUCUUAUUCCCUUAGGACCCCAAAGACGUUGAAAAAGCCCAAGAAGAAUGCAUGAAAAAACAAUACCAAAUGAAAUCAAAUUGGGCUCCAGUCAGUGGCCAUUCUGCGUUACUCCAAAAACGUUUAGCCAAAGGGGUAUACAUAAUUUAAUAAUUUAUAAUUAGGUUGUAAAUUGGUAGGUACUUGAGAAAAUAGGGACUUAGUUGUGUUAUAUUAUUUAUUGUUGAGUCAGUGUUCUAAUAAUUAUUGCUUUUGUUAUUAUUUACACUUAGUUUACUGUAUAAUUAGGAAUCUUAUUAUUUACCUAUUUUAUAAAUUUGUUUGAGUAACAAAAAAACUUUUAUAAUAUUAACCUAGAAUAAUAAAUCUUAUGAAAGACCUUUAAUAAUAUGUACUUCUCAAAAAAUGUUUCAGCACUAUUAAUAACUUCUAUAAUUAUGAAAUAUUUGAUUCUGUGAUUAAUUUGUUGUUUUUUGGUUAAAAUAAUGUCUAUGAUAAUUUUUUACUUAUAAGUGGUUAUGAAUUCAGACUUCUAUGAUAACAAUUAAAAAUAUUUUAAAUAUUAACAUUAGAAUACUUUGCUUACACAAAUAACAUAGUUUUAUUGAAUAUAUAAUAUAGGUAAUUUGUAUGUUGCAAAAACAGUAGAUUCACCAUUAUCAGAUUAUUUAUACUUGUUUAGGAAAUUUUAUACGAAUGUAUAAACUCGACAAUAUUCUUAUGUGAGGAAAAUGUUUUGUUAACCAUUGUUUCUCUUUUGUUUGAUUAAAUAAGACCAUGUGUGAUGUUAAUAUUAAUAGUCUAUUCUAACUUUUACUGAAUUGUAUUAAGUAUAGUUUAUAAAUAAUUUGUUACAAAAAACAUUGAGUAAUAAUUAUUUUUUAUUUUUUCUUUUAGCAAAAGUUUUUUGAUUCCGGUGAUUAUCAAAUGGCUAAACAGGCAAACACUGGUAACAAAUUUGCCCAGAAUCGUCCAGUGCAACAAGUUUUAGGUUUUGGUACAGGAGACACAAUACCAACACCAGAAACAGUUCCAGCACGCAAGACGUCUAUUAUUCAACCAAAGUUUACCCCAAGUUCUACUCCAUCUUCCACUACGUGAUUUUGCAUUUAAACUUAUUUUUAUUUGAUUCAGUAACUUAGUUUAAUUAAAUGUUUUAUUCAUUUUAAUUUUGUUAAUAUUAUACGGUCCAUGAAUUAAACACAAUAUGGCCAUUUGGUUAAGCUAUUUUUUAAUGUAAUAUUCAUUGUAUCAUUAUGUGUAAUUUAAUUAUGUGUAUUAUUAACUGCGUUAUUUUUCAAUAUUAUAUGAAUGUGGUAUUGACAUUGUGAUUAAAGCUCAUAAAGCAUUUUAAUAUUUUAACACUAUUCAAGUAUGAUUAAAAAAAAAAAAAAUCAUUACUCAAUUCAUAUUAUCAGUCCAUAAAGUUGUUUAAUGUGUUUAGUUGAAAUAUAAUUUCUAUCGGUAAUGAAGUACGAUAAGUUGAAUUUUCCAAAAAUGUAUUUUAUAUUAUACAACAAAAUGAACAUUUUUUUUUAAAAAAUAAAGUAAUUUAAAUAUUAAUCAAAAAUUUUAUUGUGUUUAUUAUGAUUUAUCAAAUAAAAAACUAAUAAUUCUUUAUUUAAAUAUUGCAGAUCAAAAAAUACUGGAAUUGCC